GGUAGUGUUACGAAUCAUUAUUGGUUGUUUAUGUUAUGUUGACCAUUUUGUCAUUAGUGGACUAAAUGUUUUUGUAAUCUAGAAAUUUAUUGUCAUUUUCAAAUAUAUAUAAUUUAUGAGUCACAAAUCCAUAAACCAUCAGCGGUCAACUAAAGUGUCUUUCUAAUGCUACUCUCCAGAGAAGAAUUUCAUUUUUUGUGAAGAUUUUAAUUUAAUAUUAGCUCAUCUCCAAACUUACUCUAUGUUUCUCUGUCCAGAGAACGUUCCUGCUUUGUUAUCGCGAUUGAAGUUGCGAGCGGAGUUAGUUCAACGCUGACAUAGGACUACAAUAUAUUUGUAUUGUAUUAAGUUGAAUGACUAUGUAUGUGGGGUGUCUUUUAUGAAGCUUUCUAUCUAGACUUUAUUGUGCUUAUUUUCUAGGAGUGUAAAUAAAUCAAACUCCUGAGAUCAUGAAUUUUGUGCUUAUGCCUAACGAAUAUGGUUCGUGUCGACGGCUGACAAUUAUUCACACUGGCUUAAAUCUUUGCUUAUCAUUUGAGUCUAGUAGUGCCUUUAUCUCAUGUUGGUUUUCUGAACAACGAAAUCCUCACAUCGUUAGUUUUUCUUACAAAGUAGUCCUGUGUCGGUCCAUUUAUGCUAUGUCUUUGCAACGCCAAAAGAUUUGAUAGUAUAAUUACAAACAGGAAAUGUUUGUAUCGUCUCUAUUGUUAAAUGAAAUCGAUGUCAUCAAUUUCUCCCAAUCUGUUCGUGUACGGCCGCUACUAGGCUUUUGUUUAAGGUUAAGACAUUUGUGUUUCUCACUAAAGGGUCGGUUUUCAACUCAUAUCAUCUGAAGGUUAAUAUAUCACAGCUAAUAAUACUCAUGUGACCCAUUCUUUCUGUUAGUGAUUUUCAAGUUAUUGCCGUAGCUUACUAUAAAUAUGUCAUAUUUCGACUAUUUUCAAAGAACAGCGUACGUUAUUGUAUUCUUACAAUUUGAUGCAUGUCCCAACAAUAUUUAUCUGAUGCUGUUUUAACUUAUUUAUUAUUUUUAAACGGUAUCAUCUUGUUUUGUCUUAACUGCAGUGAAAAGUUAUUUCAUUACACCACUUAGCAUAGACUAAUUGGAUUUUAUCUACCCAUGUCUUCAGAUCAUUGGUUCAUAAACGACAAGUAGAUAUAUUUUUGGUGCUGAUAAGUCUGUUCGUUAGUAAAUGUAUACUAAAUUCUUAACUUACUCUCGUCUCCGGCUAGUCCAUCAGCGUUAAAAGCAACUGAGAGUAUUAGAAUGCUGUACCGUUUCUUCCAUGAUUUUAACAUGCGUACAGAAAUUCGUAAGUAGAUGGUUACAUAUAAUUAACUCAAACGUCGUGAUGCAUUUAGAAAUAUGAAUUUCUCUUUGAUAAUCACUAUUGAGGGAUAGAUCGUUUGUCAGUUGAUUAACUUACUGACUUAUAUUGGGCAGGUGACAGUUCCGUUAAGUGGAAAUGCUGAUAGGAUGUAGUCUUUUGAUCGCCUUGACCAUCAAUUCAGUAUAUAUGAAAUACAUCCCUCUGGAUGUAUAAUUUUGUUUCAAAACUGGUCUACGUCAACAUCGAGUGAUAGAGAGUAAAGUAGUUGAGCGAAUCAACCAAUUCACUUAUCUUGGUAGCCUCAUAAACUGUUUUGUAUUAGUGUGUGGUAAAAUCCUAGCACGGAUCCAAAUGUUUUUAUCGGUCUUUACUGGCUUAAGUCACUUUUAGCAUAAGCGAGACUUGUUCGCCAACCGAAGGCAGAGUAUAAUACACUGCAGCUUGUUCAAUUCUACGAAAAAAUUGCAUCACCAUCUUUUUUCAUUUCCAUACUUCAUUUUUACUCCCCGUGAUGUUGAACAUCGUAGCGGCUUACGUGUUUACUUAAUUACUUCAGGUAUGGUUUCCUGUUUUUGUCACAACAAAGUUUGUUUAUGUAUAUUUGUACAGUAUACUACGGGUUUUUUUUCCUUUUUUGUACAUACUAUUCCUUUCCCUCUAGAUUGGACAGUAAAGUCAUGCAGUCAUUUAGGUGUAUACUCACGAAAGGGAUUCCAUUGCGAAUUGCCUAUCGAUAUCGAAGUUAUGGUAUCAGAUUAAAAAGUUUUGAUCCACCUUAUUUGUCUGUCAAACCACCUAUUCAUAUUUAUCAAAGUGUGCAGUUUGAUGUAAGAGGACAUGACUACGUGCAGCUAGAGAAGUUCACUUCAUACAUUCACAAGUUUUUCAUCAAUUGUGGUUAUGAAGUUGAAAAUUUUCCACUGCCUCCCAGCAAGAAGCUCUACCGACUGUAUCAUACUAAUUCGACAAAUAUCCGGUCAGAUUUCGAAAUAUCUGAAUUUCGAAGAAUAUAUAGAAUAUCGGGUGUGAGAGCUGUUCAGUUACCAAUAUUAUUAGAUCUGAUCUACCAGAAUUUAUCUUCAGGGAUUAACAUUCAUAUCGGAAAGACGGAUACUUCCUUAGAUGAAAAUCGUUUCGUUCCACAACUUGAAAAAGAAGCAUUGGAAAAGGAACUGUCGAAACUCAAAUUUUAA